UUCCCUUUCCCUCCACUCACCUUACCCAAACACAAUUUUUUUAUAACCCUCCAUCACCUUCCCUUCCCUUUCCCUUCAAACCCACUCUACCAAACUGAGCCUUAAUUUUUCGUGUCCUUACCACGCUAACCGACUUUGAUCACCGACUUAUUAUUGACGCUGUAUGGAAACGAAACCUUACAACGGUUACACGACGGUGGAGCGACAGUCGCUCGACAGACAUGAAAGUUGUUGGGUCUGGUUCGAUGUCUCGGCGUAAAGCCACUGAGGAAACGCCCCCAAUUCCAGAGAACCGCGCGAUUGUUUUCUUCUUUCUUUCUUUCGUUUCAUCGAAAUUUCAAUUUAUGUUGUAAAUGAUACACAAAUGAAUCUAUACAAAUUCUCUGCGUUCGUAGUAGGUGUUUUAGUUUGUAUAACACGUACAGACGGAGAAACGUCUACGUGCUUGACGGUGUACAAAGAAGGUGGUGCUCCGGCCGUCUUUCAGUCUCCAAAAUGCCCUCGCUGGAAACUCUCAAAUUACGCUUCCCGACCACGCACCGAGCGGUGUCAGACGGCGAUGCAUCAGGGAAGGCGAAAGUAUCAGGAGGAUCGUACUUUUUGCGCUCUUGAUGUUCGGAUUCCCUUCCCUGGUCUCUCGGGGAUUACAGAGGUUACUGUUGGUAUUGUGGCAGUUUUUGAUGGUCACAAUGGCGCUGAAGCUAGUGAGAUGGCUUCAAAGCUACUGCUAGAGUAUUUUAUGUUGCAUGCAUAUUUUCUUCUUGAUACAACAUUUUCAAUUUUGUUGAAGAAUUCUGUGGGAAGGUUGCCAAAUAAGAGAGAACAGGAUCUUUUGUAUCAAGCACUUAAUUGGGAUGAAGAACUGGAUCGGCAUCCGUUGCAUCACGGAAGGUUUAAGCUUACAGGGACUGGAACAUUUGAUGAGUCUUUUCGGUUAGAAAUUUUGAAGAAAUCAUUGCUGAGGGCAAUUCAUGAUAUUGACACAACAUUUACUAUGGAAGCGUCUAGAAAAUAUCUUGAUUCAGGUUCUACAGCCAUGGUUAUUUUAAUAGCAGAAGGUCAAAUUUUAGUUGCCAAUGUUGGAGACUCAAAGGCACUUGUGUGCUCUGAAAAUUUUCAAUCUCCUUCUGAGGCUAAAGCCACUUUGCUAAGGCUAUACAGGCAGCAAAGACAUAAUCGUGCUACACCCAUAAAAGGAUACAACAGCUUUAGACUUGCAGCUUCCAAUGGGUUGGCACAUUUUUCUGCUAAGGACCUGACAAGAGAUCAUCAUCCAGAUAGACAUGAUGAAAGGUCCCGAGUGGAAUCUGCUGGCGGUUAUGUACUUGAGUGGGGUGGUGUAUCUCGAGUUAAUGGACAGUUGGCUGUUUCUCGAGCUAUUGGUGAUGUUUCCUUCAAAAGUUAUGGUGUUAUACCUGUACCUGAGGUGACAGACUGGCAACCUCUUACUGUCAAUGACAGCUAUGUUGUGGCCGCAUCUGAUGGAAUUUUUGAAAAGAUGAGCUCACAAGAUGUUUGUGAUCUACUGUGGGAAUUACACUCUCGUGGCAAUGGGAGAUCUGAACUUGUUUCAUCAUGCUCGUACUCACUAGCUGAUUGCAUAGUUAAAACUGCAUAUGAAAAAGGCAGUAUGGAUAAUAUGGCAGCUAUUGUGGUUUCUUUUACAUCAACCGGUUCUUCUCAAAUCUCGCUACAGGAAAGGUUUGGUGGAAGGGGAGAAGUUAGUUUAUCAGCUUUAGGACUUCAGGAGUUUAAUUAUGAGCAGCCAGAAUUGGAGCAUGCUCAUCCAGUUAUGGUAAAACUUGACAGGUUAUUGGUUGAAGGAAAAAAGAGCAGCUUUGGUUGUUUUUAUCUAUCUGAAAAUCUUAAUGAAAAUGUCAAUUACACAUUCUCGGUUCAGAAGCUUGACCAGCAAGAUAUGUAUGAUAUACCACAGGCUUUACCUGAGGCCCUUGAUCAAUGCUGUGGUGGACAUUUAAAUUUUUAUAAUGACCAGAACAUGUGCUUGCACCUUGGGAUGACUAAUAAUGAGGGUAAAGAUCAAUGCAUAAAUCCUGAAGGCUUUGCUAGCUUCUUGGGUUUUCUUGAAUCAAUACCUAUCCAUAAUAUUGGUUCAGAUUAUGGAUCAUUUGAGCAUGCAACCCCUGACCCAAGGUACAUUCUAAAGAAGAGGUUUGAUCGUGGAUCAUAUGGUGAAGUUUGGCUGGCAUUUCAUUGGAACUGCUCUGAAGGCAGCAAUGCUUCGACUUGGGGUAAAAACAAAAAAAAAUCAUUUAAUAAUUUCAACACUUGUGGUAGAGCUUCACAAACAAACUCGUCUGCUCAUGAUUGCAAUGCUAGUCCUCCUGAUGACAACUUGUUCAUCUUGAAGCGUAUAAUGGUGGAGAAAGGGACCACUGUUUACUUGAGCGGGCUAAGGGAGAAGCAUUUUGGGGAGGUUUUCUUGAAUGCCUCUUCAUUUUUAGUGGGUUCACUGUCAGCUGCAAUAUCCGACUCUUUCUUGAAGGAAUCACAACCAGAUUUCUAUGACCUGUCGUCAAAAACAAAUGAUACAGUUGUUCAUGAGAUUGGAAACACCUGGAAUUUUGAAAAUAAUUUCCCUAACAAAAAUGGACUUCAGAGAGCUAUGUACGAAGGAGGUCUGAAUCAUAUUGCAAGAUAUGUAGAGUCUUUUGAGUCUCGAUCCAAUGAAAUAUGGCUUGUAUUUCGCCAUGAAGGCAUGUCAUUGUCAAAGCUUCUGUAUACAUCAGAAGAAAUGGAAAAUGAUGCCGAUGAAGUAAAUGAUGAACACGUGAAGCGUGUCCAGAUAUUGCGUCCAUCAAAGUGGUGGCAUUGGUUGAAGACAACUGAAGCAGGACAGGAGGAAAUGCGCAAUAUUAUAUGGCAAUUGUUGAUGGCGCUGAAGUCAUGUCAUGACCGCAAUAUCGUCCACAGGGAUAUUAAACCUGAGAACAUGGUCAUUUGUUUUGAAGAUCAGGACUCUGGGAGAUGCUUGAAAGGAAGCCCAACUGGAGACAAGAAAUAUAGCACCAAAAUGCGCAUUAUUGACUUUGGCAGCGCAAUGGAUGACUUCACGAUGAAGCAUUUAUAUGGGUCAGUUGGACCUUCUAGAGCUGAACAAACUGAUGAGUAUACUCCUCCAGAAGCUUUCCUAAAUGCUAGUUGGUAUCAGGGCCCAGCAAGCACAGUUUUGAAGUAUGAUAUGUGGAGCGUUGGUGUUGUGAUCUUAGAGUUGAUUUUAGGAUCCCCAGAUGUGUUUCAGAUAAACGCUUUGACACGUGCUCUCCUAGAUCAGCAUCUUCAGGGUUGGAAUGAAGGCUUCAAGGAGCUUGCAUAUAAACUUAGAUCAUUCAUGGAAAUGUGCAUAUUAAUCCCUGGGAGUUCCUCAAAACAUCAUCCAAAGUACCAGGGUGAAGCUUCACCAGCUUCCUGGAAAUGCUCUGAAGAGUUCUUUUCCCAUCAAAUAAAGAGUAGAGAUCCUCUGAAUAUAGGGUUUCCAAAUGUUAGGGCAUUGCGAUUAGUGCGCCAAUUAUUACUUUGGGAUCCAGAGGAUCGAAUGAGUGUUGAUGACGCUCUACAACAUUCUUAUUUCCAAUCUCCUCUCCAAAGAUGACCACCUGUCACACAAGUUUUUUGUGCUUAAAAGUAUAUAUCUUCAGUUGCAGGUUGUUUACAUCAAUUCUCUUUAAUUUGAGUUUAUUGUCUCUGCAUCAAAGAGAGAUUCACACGACAGAAGCAAGAUGCUUUAUGGAAAAUCUCUUCUGAAAUAUGAAUAUCGAGUACAUGAGGUACUACAGGGUAUAUGCCUGGAUAGUUCUCAAUUGGUAGGUGCCUUUGAACAUACUAAAUGACAGACUAUCGGUGGACUUCAAAGUCAGCUCUGUUGCUUAGCGAACCUGUUGCAGAGUUUAUUGUCGCUGCAUUGAAGAGAAAUUCCCUCAACAGAAUCAGGAUGCUUUACAGAAAAUCUUUAUGAAAUAUGAACACUGAGAACAUGGGGAACUACCGGGAAUGCCUAAAAUUUUCAGUUGGUAGGUGCCCUUGGAGCAUACCGUUUAGUCAAGCUGUUGCACUGGUAUCCUUUUAGUCGACGUCUGUGUUAUUGGGCGGAAUUUGUUGAAGCGAUCCUAUAAAUUUAAUGCCAUUUUUAUUCUCGUGUGCUUCUUUUUAACAUUUUAUUAAUAUAUUUGUAUUUAAAAUUGUUUUUAUGUUAUAGUUCUGAAGUGUAAAAUGAUUGUGAACGACUACCGGAACUGUGAUAACAAGUGAUAAUAUAUAUUUUAAAUUAUUAUUAUAGUUCUGAAGUAUAGAAUGAUUGUGAACCACUGCCGGAACUAUGAUAUCAAAUAAAGCUCUUUUUUCCCUGCCA